CUACAUUAUAUCACGCGUAUCGGAGGGCUACUGAAUUGAAUGGUUACUGUCGACUCUAAAUAGUCUACCUAACGUUAUGGCUCUAUCGCAAUGUUUGGAAGAUUCACCUGUAAGGUGGCCGUCAAGACGGCAGGGAAAUGAUUUGAAUGUAAAGGAGUUGUACAACGAAAGGCACCGACUGGCGUUAGAGGAACUUAUUUCAGGUGGAGUUGAUUCUUUUUUGGGAUUUCUAAGAAAAGAGAGAAUUCCGAACUUUCUCUCCGAUGACGAGAUCAGACGCAUUGGCAGUGCUGCAGUGGUUCCACGCUGUGUGUCCCUCCACGCAGAGGACGUGAAUUUUGAACAGUCUGUAAACAGCUCCAUGGACUGCUCCUCUGUAACUUACUUCCCCGAGGUCUCGGACGUGGAGCCACCGCUGUUGGAAAUCGGCUGGCCCGCCUUUACAUCGGGCUCUUACCGAGGAGUCACUCGUGCUGUCGCCCACUUCCAACCCAGUUAUGGAGAAUGCAUCUAUAGUUGCAAGGAAGCUGCGAGAAAAAUGAUUCAAAGUGCCAAGGAGGUAAUACAUUAACAAAACACUAAAAUGGUCACCAAGGUUGGCCGACUAAAAUCAAGUAAAUGGUUUAUGUUUUUUUUUAAUUUAUUUUUUAUACAGAUUGUUUCAGGACUAGGCCUAAAGCCUAUGGAAAGACACAUUUUGUAUUUUACUCAAUUUUAUAUUUUACUAAAUUUUGUACACCUCCGAUGUAAAAUUCAAACCAUACCAGCCACGUAUAGAUUGUUUGAUUUUAGUUAGUCAGUCAAUCGGCUCCUGACCCUGGGUUUGUCUGUUUACUCAAACGUGAUCAUUCAAAGCAUCCACUCACUCACUGAUUGACUGGUAUACUAGGCCUAUAUACAGUGCAUUCGGAAAGUAUUCAGACCCCUUGACUUUUUACACAUUUUGUUAUGUUACAGCCUUAUUCUAAAAUUGAUGAAAUUGUUUUUUCCCCUCAUCAAUCUACACACAAUACCCCAUAACGACAAAGCAAAAACAGGUUUUUAUACAUUUUUUGAAAUGUAUAAAAAAAAUCAUCACAUUUACAUAAGUACUCAGACCCUUUACUUAGUACUUUGUUGAAGCACCUUUGGCAGCGAUUAGAGCCUCAAGUCUUCUUGGGUAUGACACUACAAGCUUGGCACACCUGUAUUUGGGGAGUUUCUCCCAUUCUUCCCUACAGAUCCUCUCAAGCUCUGUCAAGUUGGAUGGGGAGCGAUGCUGCACAGCUAUUUUCAGGUCUCUCCAGAGAUGUUCGAUCAGGUUCAAGUCCGGGCUCUGGCUGGGCCACUCAAGGACAUUCAGAGACUUGUCCCGAAGCCACUCCUGCGCUGUCUUGGCUGUGUGCUUAGGGACGUUGUCCUGUUGGAAGGUGAACCUUCGCCCCAGUCUGAGGUCCUGAGCACUCUGCAGCAGGUUUUCAUCAAGGAUCUCUCUGUACUUUGCUCCGUUCAUCUUUCCCUCAAUCCUGAUUAGUCUCCCAGUCCCUGCUGCUGAAAAACAUCCCCACAGCAUGAUGCUGCCACCACCACGCUUCACCGUAGGGAUGGUGCCAGGUUUCCUCCAGACGUGACACUUGGCAUUCAGACCAAAGAGUUCAAUCUUGGUUUCAUCAUCUUGGUUUCUCAUGAUCUGAGAGUCAUUUAGGUGCCUUUUGGCAAACUCCAAGCGGCCUGUCAUGUGCCUUUUACUGAGGAGUGGCUUCCGUCUGGCCACGCUACCAUAAAGGCCUGAUUGGUGGAGUGCUGCAGAGAUUGUUGUCCUUCUGGAAGGUUCUCCCAUCUCCACAGAGGAACUCUAGAGAUCUGUCAGUGACCAUCGGGUUCUUGUUCACCUCCCUGACCAAGGCCCUUCUCCCCCGAUUGCUCAGUUUGGCUGGGCGGCCAGCUCUAGGAAGAGUCUUGGUGGUUCCAAACGACUUCCAUUUUAAGAAUGAUGGAGGCCACUGUGUUCUUGGGGAUCUUCAAUGCUGCAGAAAUGUUUUGGUACCCUUCCCCAGAUCUGUGGCUCGACACAAUCCUGUCUCGGAGCUCUACGGACAAUUCCUUCGACCUCAUGGCUUGGUUUUUGCUCUGACAUGCACUGUCAACUGUGGGACCUUAUAUAGACAGGUGUGUGCCUUUCCAAAUCAUGUCCAAUCAAUUGAAUUUAACACAGGUGGACUCCAAUCAAGUUGUAGAAACAUCUCAAGGAUGAUCAAUGGAAACAGGAUGCAUCGGAGCUCAAUUUUGAGUCAUAGCAAAGGGUCUGAAUACUUAUGUAAAUAAGGUAUUUCUGUUUUUUAUUUUUAAUACAUUUGUAAAAAAUUACAUCAACCUGUUUUUGCUUUGUUAUUAUGGGGUAUUGUGUGUAGAUUGAUGAGAAAAUGUGGAAAAAGUCAAAGGGUCUGAAUACUUUCCGACGGCACUGUUAAGGCCUGAUUGGUGGAGUGCUGCAGAGAUGGUUGUCCUUCUGGAAGGUUCUCCCAUUUCCACAGAGGAACUCUAGAGCUCUGUCAGAGUGACCAUCGGGUUCUUGGUCACCUCCCUGACCAAGGUCUUUCUUCCCCGAUUGCUCAGUUUGGCCGGGCGGCCAGCUCUAGGAAGAGUGGCCAUCUUUUCACUUCGUCAUUAUGGGGUAUUGUGUGUAGAUUGAGGGGGGAAAAAAUAUUUAAUCCAUUUUAGAAUAAGGCAGUAACAAAAUGUGGAAAAGGGGAAGCGGUCUGAAUACUUGCAGAAUGCACUGUACAUCUUUGUGAAGUCUGGAUUAACCUUUAUACUGUUUGAUGCUCUUCUCAAUACUAAUAUUUAAAGCAUUGUUGCAUUUUCUUAUAAUUCACAGAUGAAUAGUCUAUCACCCAAUUUGAGGAGCACUAGAUACUUGAAAGGUCAGGGGAAAGAAAGACACCUGUUAGUCACAUGUUCAAACUCAACACAUUUCUGGACAUGUUGGGAACUGUCAGUUUAAUGCAGUUUCCUUACCAUACUCAUGAGUUAGCGUUCCAGAAUGGGAGAGAAUGAGGAAAAGCCUCAACUCCAAGGCUGGUUCAGAGGAGCGCCUACAGUAAUAGUACAUUAAUGAAUGUGUCUGAACAUGCUUUUCACAUGGAAUAGUGUUAGUGUGCACUUUUCUUAAUGCUUCACCUUUGGCCUUAUAGUUGCUCAGUAUCAGUCUGAGAUUAACAAUUUAGGAAAUGCCCCAAAUGGCUCUUGAUCUGUAAGCUAUUGAGUUAUUAUCCUUGAGAGGGUACUAGAAAAUACUGUUUUAUCAAGGAAACCUAACAUCAAUGCAAAUAAUUUCUAGCCUGCUGCUGAAGAAGAUGUCAGACAUAGGCAGGAAAUAUUAAAUCACCCCACAUUGAGCCUGAUUGUCCCUGUCAUGGCAACAGACCACAGUUGACUGCGAGGGAGGCUCAUCUAAAUACACAUGACUGAGAGAGUGUGGCCAAUAGAGGAGCCGGCUCAGUGUUUUCUCCUUAAUGUUUGAUUAAGACCUGGUUUGUGGGCACAAGCAUGCAUAAGAGCCCGUUUAGAGUGACCCUGCCUCACAAAUAGUAAGGCAGAAGAGCAGCCUCUUUUAAAUUGUAAACUGGGCCUAUAUCAAUGAUGCUUUGACUAACCAAUGAUUGAUUUACCAUUACAGGUGAUCGCCAUAGUGACAGACUCUCUGACAGACCUGGACAUCUUUAAGGAUCUUCAGGAGGCGUGCACGCGGCGCAGAGUUCCAGUCUACAUCCUGCUGGACCACUCCUGUGUGCCCGCAUUCCUCAAAAUGUGCAACAACAUCAAUGUGCGCCUGGACGAACUUAGGGUAUGUGGUUGUGAUGACUCCACCUUUGUGUCAUGUCCUAUCUCCGAUAAGCCAAUAUUUUAUUACUGAUUUAGUAGCGUGAUCAUUCUGGAUAAAAAGUGGAUUUUAUAAGUGACCAGUGACUGGCUUGUAUUUCAUACUGUUUUUGUUUCAUUCUUCAUCAAAGCAAAUGCGAGUGCGGACCAUAACUGGUGGUACAUACUUCAUGAGGUCAGGGGCCAAGAUUACUGGGAAGGUUCAUGAACGGUUCAUGUUGAUUGAUGGGAACAGAGUGGCUACAGGCUCCUACAGGUAAAGACUUCCUGCUUUACUACCACAGUAUUACAGACAGUAUAGCAUUGAAAAAUGUCCCUGUUCUUUUUUUACAAGACCCCCGAGCAAAAAGCAAUAAAACACUCAAUACAUUCCCCUUGUAUGAACCUAGCUACUGUAAGUGACUUUGCCAUCCUUAUUUGACUGAUAAUAUAAUAAUAAUAAUAAUAAUAAUAUGAUAUGCGGUAUACAACUGUAAAGCCCUUUGCUUACAUUCUUAGGUUCAAUUGGACUGAUGGGAAACUAAACAGCAGCAACAUGAUUGAGCUGUCUGGCCAGAUCACUGAGAACUUUGAUGAGGAGUUCCGCAUUCUGUACGCCCAGUCCAUGCCUGUUAUUACCAGGGGCCCAGCCAGUGCCCGAAACAGUGGCAUCUACGACCACCUGCUCAUCAAACACCCUGUCACCUCAUCCCCUCAGCCGGCCAAAGAGAGACCCCCAGUCGAGCCUGUCUGUCUGGCCAGCACACCCAGCCAGGCCCAGGCUGUGGCAGUGCCGCCCCCCAGAGAGGAGACUGGGAAGAGCAGCCUGGUGUCGGCCUCCUCCACCAUAGAGGAAGACUGGAUGGAGCAGCAACACAUGCACGAGAUUCUGUCUGGAAGUGCUGCCCAGGGCCUGCCCACAGGUGAUCCUGCCACUGUCGCAGUGGAUGUGCUGGUCACACCCCCCAUCCCUACCUGCUGCCAUGUCUCCACCCAGACCAGCUGCCUUGCGGUGGACAGUGGAGUGCAGACCGAUCUGACUCAGUACACUAACCGCCUCUCCCCCAACAAGGCUACAGUUACUCCCAUUACCACCACCACUACCCAGACCAACAACAUCCAGAGUGAAGCUGCCUCCUCCUCAGAUUCUGUCUCUACCUCCCCCAGGCUGCACUUCGCCCCCCAUGGGGUGGACCGUCGCCCUGCAAUCCGUCACUGUACCGCACCCCCCGAUGGGAACCUGAGGGAGUGCUUCCGCAAGCUGACCAAAGAGCGUCAGUAUCACUACUCCACCAUCCGCUCCAAGCUGGAGCACAUGGUGACCAUGCUGUCCCACCGCCGUGAGCUGGUGGACCUCACCAACAUGGCCCUGGGGCCCGGGCUGCACAGAGCAUGCAAGGCCCAGAAAGAGUGGGGACAAGGGCAGAGACAGGGGCAUAACCCUGGCCUGCUGAUGGACAGUGUGGGCAUGGGCACAUGGCCAAGGGCCAGAUGUUUACACUAACGGGACCUACAUCGCUGCAGGGUGUUGUAGAAAGGGUUCUGUGUUUCGUAGGUAUACACUACUUGAAACAAAUGGGUUUAAAGAGCAAUAUGAAAUAUUAGUGUUUAGAAUGUCAAGUGUGUGUCACUGUUUCUGUGUUGUGAUGCAGCCUUCUUUCUCACCACCUUCCGGAGACAUUUG